AUGUCUGAAGUCCAAGGUACGGGGUUGGCCGGCCUGGAAAAAGAGCUGGCAUGCUCGAUCUGUACCGAGCUUCUCUACCAGCCUCUUACGCUUCUUGACUGCCUACACACAUUUUGCGGCUCCUGCUUGAAGGAAUGGUUCUCAGCACAAGGAUCACGCAGGCGGCAUUCGGGCUCCGCCCCUCGUUUCACUUGCCCGUCGUGCCGUGCUGAAGUGCGCGAAACCCGCCCAAAUGCUACGGUUACAACUUUGCUAGAUAUGGUUCUAAUGGCCCAUCCAGACCGGGACAGAUCGGCCGAGGAGAAGGAUGAGAUCGCGCAACGAUACAAACCUGGGGAUUCCGUCACACCCCUACCUCAAUCUGAUGAGGAUAGUGAGGAUGAUGAGGAUGAUAGGCGGGUGUUGGAGGAAAUCCGGGAGCUGAGUCUGCGUGAAAAUCGGGCACAGGGAAGAAGGGAAGCUCGACGGGCGGCGCCAGAGCGGACUCGCGAAGGAAGCAGCAACCCAGAGAGACAUGCGGAUGACGGCCGGUCGCAACGACGGCGCGAGGAUGCUUCAGAGCGACAGCGCACGACGCGGCCUCAGGUCGACUCAGAUCGAACCAGACAGGUCGAGCAUCAGUCGAGCUUGCGGUCACUUCUCAGCAUGUCGGAAACACAGACCAUCGAGGAAGAGAUCUUGCAACAGAUCAUUGAGGAAGGGCUACUGGAUGAUAUUGAUUUGGAUAAUGUGGAUCCAACCCAGGAAGAGGAGCUCACCGAGCGUAUUGCGGAUGCGUACCGCCGCAGGCACAUGCGGCAAUCACAUCCUCGGCAAGAGCAAAGACGCAGACAAUCCCCUGAGCGUUCCGCGCGGGGGCACUCGCGAUCGCAGUCAGCCCAGCGACCUACCGAGACCAGCACAACGACCAGAGAUCCAAACGAUCGACGUCCACCGAUCUCGAGGCCACACUUAUUGGACUCUACCACGGCAAGCCCGCCUCAACAUCGACGACGGAACUCAGAGCAAGCCAGUGGGCCACGUCGGACAUCACCUGUCCGAAUAAAUCAAGGGUCUACUUCGGAAGAUGCGAUACGACCUGCUGUGCGAUCAUCCAGCAAUAUGACUGCCGAGCAGACUCGGAGCUCUCAAAAUGGACGAGCAAGAGCCUCGUCAUCAUCAAAUCGACCUAGACGAGCAACUGAGUCGGAUCCCAACAUCUCAGACGUUUGGAUGGGAGCAGGCAGAGAACGAGGACCAUCCAGACAUAUUACCAGUCAAUCCGCGACCAACUCACCGACCUUAAUGUCUUCACCAACCACAGUUACCCACAGCUCCAUACCCAAUGAAAGUGCUGUUUCGAAUCUAUCAUCACCUCUCGUCCCUCCCAGAUCUGAAAGGAGGAACCGCCCAUCCUCGUCGCGAUUGAAUGCCCCUGCUUCCCAAAAUAUUCAAUAUGCCGAGCCGGCUAUCUCCUGCGAUAGCUGUGGAAAGGCGAAUAUCCAAUACGACCUACACAUGAGAUGCCUGAAGUGCAAAGACGGGAACUACCAUCUUUGCUUACGAUGCUAUCGUUCAGGUAAAGGCUGUCUCUUAUGGGAGGGCUUCCGUUCAUCUGCACAGAAAACAUUUGAUCGAGUUCUUGCAUCUUCAAAUCACCGAUCAAUGCAGCCACGUGAGACCAGACAUAUACUCAUCUCAAUUAAAUACGAAAGACCUUCCGAGACGGCCCAUGUUACCACAAGCGGAGACAGACAAAUUACGAACGACAACCCGGCACGCCGUAUGGGAACAGGAUUCUUCUGUGCGAUUUGCCAGUCAUCAGCCAAUGAUUGCUUCUGGAAAUGUGGGCAGUGCAACGAGGGAGACUGGGGCUUUUGCAACCGCUGUGUCAACCAAGGACGAUGCUGCACCCAUCCACUGUUGCCCAUUCGGCGCAUGGCUGGCAGCCCUGCUACAUCUGCCCCGACCACCUCGGGUGAUACCAUCGCCAAUACAUCCGUCUCUUUUGGCAAGGAGAGCUACAAAAUCCUCUCCUUUUCUACUAAGUGCGACAUCUGCACAUAUCCAAUUCCUGCGUCUGUGACCCGUUUCCAUUGCCUGCAAUGCAACGACGGGGACUACGAUGUCUGCACAAACUGCUACCUCAAGCUCGUUGCAACAUCCAAGAUCAGCAAAGAGAACGGCCACAACGGCUGGCGCCGCUGUCUGUCCGGACACCGACUAAUUGUCGUCGGCUUCGACGACAGCAACGAUGGUCAACGACGCGCGAUCGUCCGCGACCUAGUCGGAGGCCACGCCCUUAAAGACGAGCAUGUUAACCGCUCGCCUUCUUCAUCCCCGGCUACCGGUCCAAUCGCCUCUCCGAAGAUUGGCACCGGUGACUGGAGCUGGAAGGAAGGCCAAGAACGUCGCAAAAAGGCUUCUCGUCUGCGAGGGCCCCAUUCCCCCCCAAAUAGCAAUGCCAGCGCUGAUACUGGGACUCAACCCGGAACUCCUACCUCACAACACGCCCCAUCCUUCCGACGCUUCCCGCCUGAUGGAGGUGUUGGGCUAGUCGUCCAUGCUUUGUGGUCUUAUUACCCCGAUGAAGAGGUCCAGGAUGAGCUGUUUUUCCCACGAGGUGCUGAUAUCAAGGAAGUUGAGAAUAUCAACGAUGACUGGUUCUGGGGAUGCUAUGCUGGCCGCACGGGACUGUUCCCUGGAGCGCAUGUUGCUGCCAUUGCGGAGAUUGCAUAG